UGAAGUGGGUAGCGAGUUACUUAUUUCUCAAAAAAAAAAAACAUUUCUCCUCACGUGGCUUUGACAUUUAAAUGAGUCCUGUUAUUUCACAAACAUCUCAGAGGCCAUGUUAAUGCGUGCUCAAUGUGAAAACAUAGCUUGAGAGCUAUGAGGACACGGCCAUGCCCACUUCUCCUCCAUUUUUUGCUUCCUCUUCUCAUCUUCUUCAUCUCUCCCUCGAUUGCCGCGGAUUCGCUAACUCCGGCCACGUCAAUCGCCGCGAACCAGACGCUGGUCUCGGCCGGCGGAGCCUACAAGCUCGGCUUCUUCACUCCACCCGGCUCUUCCAACACUUUCUUAGGCAUGUGGUACAAUAACAUCCCGGUACAAACCGUUGUGUGGGUCGCAAACCGCGCGAACCCGAUCGUGAACUCGACCGGAGUCCUCACUCUCGACCCGACCGGCGUUCUUUUCCUGGCCGAUCGGCUCGGCAACGUGGUUUGGAAUUCCAGCUCGGGAUCAUCGAAUAUAACCAAUCCAACAGCUCAGCUCUUAGACUCGGGAAAUCUUGUAUUGAGAGGAGAAUCAAGUAGUAAUGCUACGGAGGAGAUUGUAUGGCAAAGUUUCGACCACCCGACGGACACGUUGUUUGCAGGAAUGAAGCUCGGUUACAAAUUCAAAACCGGGUUGAAUCGGUACAUAAACUCGUGGUUGAACACAAAUGAUCCUUCUCCAGGAGAGUACUCAUUCAAGAUGGAUCCUCGCGGCGUGCCGGAGUUCUACUUGUAUCAGUGGUCCACGAGGAUUUACGCGAGUGGCCCGUGGAACGGCGAGGAGUUCACCGGAGUUCCCGACCUCAAGUCGAAUGAUAUGCUCAAGUUUCUGUUUGUGUCCAACCCAGAUGAGGCCUACUACACGUAUGAGAUCGAGAACAGCUCAAUCAUUUCGCGGUUCGUGAUGAACUCUUCCGGGCUGUUGCAGCGGUAUGUGUGGAUCAAUUCAACACAAAGCUGGAGUGUGUUCUGGUCUGACCCGAAGGACGAUUGCGACGACUAUCGGGCCUGCGGUCCGUACGGCGUAUGCAAUGUGGACGACUCGCCGAUCUGCAACUGUUUGCCCGGGUUCGAGCCGAGGUUCCCGCAGGAGUGGAAUCUGAGGGACGGGUCAGGAGGGUGCGUGAGGAAGACUCAGUUGAGCUGCGCUGGGGACGGGUUUCUGCCGUAUCAGAAUGUGAAGCUGCCGGAGUCGACGAAUGCGACGGUGAACAUGAGCUUGAGUCUUGAGGAGUGCAAGCAGAGUUGCCUGCAGAAUUGCUCCUGCAAGGCUUAUGCUACUGCAAAUGUCAGUGGGGGAGGAAGUGGGUGCAUAAUUUGGACCGACGAUUUGUUCGACAUGCGACAGUUUGAUCAAUUCGGGCAAAAUCUUUACGUCCGGCUCGCGGCGGCUGAUAUUCCUAAUCUGAACGCAACUUCCAGUGGUGGGGACUCCAACAACAACAAACUUGCAAUUAUCCUUCCGACGAUUUCCGGGGUGCUUCUAUUAGGAGCUUGUGGAUUUUUUAUCUGGAAAAAGAAGAAGGCGAAGAAUCAAAGCGAAAUAGUAUCGUUUCCGCCAAAUGUUGGAAACAGGCCUAUUUCUGUCAGAGUCAAGAAUCAAGUUGGGAAGGACUCAACACAAGAUCAUAGCUUAGAAGAUGAAACAAGUACUCACGAAGAUCUCGACCUUCCAACAUUCGAUCUAGGGGUGAUAUUGGAUGCUACGGACAGUUUCGCAUUGGCUAAUAAGAUUGGAGAGGGCGGAUUCGGCCCUGUUUACAUGGGAAAGCUUGAAGAUGGACAGGAUAUAGCUGUAAAAAGGCUCUCGAGGAGAUCGUCGCAGGGCAUUGACGAGUUCAAAAAUGAGGUCAAGUUGAUUGCUAAGCUUCAGCAUCGAAAUCUCGUGCGCCUUUUGGGUUGCUGCAUUCAUGGAGAAGAGAGGAUGUUGAUCUACGAAUUCAUGCACAAUCGAAGCUUAAACACCUUUAUAUUCGAUGAAGAAAAGCGCGCGCAAUUGAGCUGGGAAAAGCGCUUUGAGAUAAUUUUGGGGAUAGCGCGGGGAUUACUGUAUCUUCAUCAAGAUUCAAGAUUCAGAAUAAUACACAGGGAUCUAAAAGCGAGCAAUAUAUUGCUAGAUAGAGAGAUGACACCGAAAAUAUCGGACUUCGGAAUUGCGAGAAUAUUUGGAGCCGAUCAAACCGAUGCGUACACCAGGAAGGUAGUCGGGACGUACGGUUAUAUGUCUCCUGAGUACGCGAUGGAUGGUGUUUUCUCCAUAAAAUCCGAUGUAUUCAGCUUUGGUGUGUUGGUGCUAGAAAUUGUCAGCGGCAAGAGAAAUCGCGGAUUUUACCAUUCAGAGCUCGAUUUAAACCUCCUCAGAUAUGCUUGGAGAUUAUGGAAGGAAGGAAAGAGCUUAGAAUUCCUAGACCCGAAAGUUACAUCAUGCGCAGCCUGCGAAGUCGAGAGGUGCAUACAAGUAGCACUGUUAUGUGUUCAGGAGCAACCGAGACACAGGCCGAUGAUGUCCUCAGUCACCAUGAUGCUAGGUAGUGAGACUGCAUCAAUGCCAUUCCCGAAUGAGCCUGCAUUUAGUAUCGGCAGGGGCUUUUCGGAUAUAGAAUCAUCGUCGCAGAGCCACACUGCAAAUAUUGUUACUGUAACUAUUGUAGAGGGUAGAUAAAGAUGUGUAUCAACUUUUUUUUCUCUUUUUUGUUUUCUUUUUGGAGGUUUUGCGGAAAUUGAUUUUACUGUUCUGACGUUCUUUCCGUGAAUAUAAUCUCAUGCACAAGAAUUUGUUUGAUACUUCAAUUGUACUCAUGAUAUUGGUGGAAAGAAUUAAAGUUCUUUUGAUGUA